ACACUAUGUUGGGCGAAAGAUUCUGGGGAGAGGACCCUAGCGGGAACUGGCCCUAACUAGACCCUCCUUGUAUUGAAGCAGCCUUGACGUGCGUGAAUAAAUGCUUUUAGAAGGAGCUGGCCACUUCAUGGCAAGUAGCUGUGUUCUUCACUGAGAGAGAGGGAUAGUUCUACUGGACCAAGGGCAAAAAGCAGCUAACAAGAACAUUAUGCAGGACAAGAAUGUGGCCUCUCUGGAUGAUGAGCUGCUAAGUGAGGACAAGGAGGAGAGUUCUCAUCAGGAAAGUCCAGGCUGUACAGAAGCCCGUGGAAUGCUAUUGGGGAAUUCCCAAGUCCCCCAGCUGGAAAACGCCCAUGAGAAACAGAUUGGUAUAGUGCAAUGGCAGGAGAAUUCCUCAGAUGAUACCUGGUCUAAACUCUCUCCUGGUCGAGAAAGUAUCAUUCAGCUGAAUGCAUCAUUAAUUCAAGAAACCGUAUGCAAAAGAAAACAAGAGCAUGUGCGUUCUGACUAUGGGAACACUUUCACUCAAAGCUCCUGCCUUAUCGGUCGCCAGAUAAAACAUGCAAUAGGAAGGCCCUUCUCAUGUGCUGAGUGUGGGAAAAGCUUCAAUAAGAGCUCACACCUUGCUGUACAUCAGAGAAUCCACACGGGUGAGAAGCCCUAUGGCUGUGCAGAGUGUGGCAAAGGCUUCUGUAGCAGUUCCCAGCUAAUUUCACACCAGAGAAUUCACACCGGAGAAAAAACAUGUUUGUGUACCGAUUGUGGCAGAAGCUUCUAUUCUGCCUCUGAACUAAGCAGACAUCGGAGAAUUCACACUGGAGAAAAACCCUACAUCUGUGACAAGUGCAGGAAAAGCUUCUCUAGCAUCUCAGACCUCAGCAGACAUCAGAGAAUCCACACCGGUGAGCGAUCUUAUGAAUGUCCCAGUUGCAGGAGAGGCUUCACCCAGAAAUCACACAUGAUUACUCAUCAGAGAAUCCACACUGGAGAAAAACCAUUCACAUGCCCGGAAUGUGGAGAAAGUUUCAGUAUAAAGUCAGGCCUACAAAGCCAUCAGCGAGUACACACAUCAGAAAAGCCUUAUGUCUGUGUGGUAUGUGAGAAGAGCUUUGGCUGGGCCUCUGUUUUGCUCAGACACCAGAGAAUUCACACAGGAGAGAAACCCUAUAGGUGCCCUGACUGUGGGGAAAGCUUCACUCAGAGCUCACACCUUAGCAGUCAUAAGCAAGUCCACAUGACUGAGAAGCCUUAUGCAUGUCUGGACUGUGGUAAAAGCUUUAGGAGGACCUCAGAGCUCAUUGCUCACCAGAAAACUCACAUGGAGGAGAAGCCGUACCCAUGCAAUCAGUGUUCAAAAAGUUUCAGUAAAAGCUCAGAACUCCUGGCACAUCAAAGAAGCCACAUGGGAGAAAAACCUUUUUCAUGCACAAUGUGCAAAAAAAAUUUCAUUAGGAGUUCACAGCUAAUUGCACACCAAAGAAUCCAUACAGGGGAAAAGCCUUACGCCUGCAGUGAGUGUAGUAAAAGUUUCUGUUACACAUCAAAUCUGAACAGGCAUAAAAAAAUCCAUACAGGGGAGAGAGCCUACAGAUGCUCCACCUGUGGGAAAAGGUUCUCCCAGAGGUCAAACUUGACCAAACAUCAGAGCAUCCACACAGGUGAAAAUCUCUAUAAAUCCAAUGACUGUGGACAAAGCUUUAGCAUUAAAUCAGGCCUCCUUCGCCAUCAGCAAGUUCAUGCAGAAGAGAAAUCUCAAGCAUAUGUCAACACUGGAUGUGAAGACCUUCAUUCAGAUCCCAGCAGUGCUACUAACAAAACUGAGAAUCCACUUGAAAGUGAGCAGUCACCAUAAACACUACAGUGCUAUGAAAUCUACAUGGGGUAGAAACUACUGGACACAACCAAAGAAGACUCUCUGUCUCUGGUAGGCAGCUGGUAGGUUAGAGGCACACAGAGAAUUGGUUCUGAGGAUCAUCUCAGUUGCUUGGCAGUCAUGCAGGGGAUAUGAGGACUCUUCAAGCAUAAAAUUCCAUCUGAUCUAUUCACAGGAUUUUUUUUCUUUAAUCCUUAGUCAGUAUCUUUUAGUAUAAUUUGAAGCAUUUCUUGAGCCAUCUGGAUCGUUCUUUUCAGAAAUUAAAUUUAUUCCAAACA